AUGGCGGAGUCUACCAUCAACACGUACAAUAUCCGUGAUGUGGAUGUGCGCUUUCCAUUCUCUGCAUACCCAUGUCAGUUGGUGUACAUGGAAAAGGUCAUUGAGGCCUUGCAGAACAAGUCAAACGCGCUCCUCGAAUCACCCACCGGCACCGGUAAGACACUGUGUCUACUGUGCGCAUGCCUGGGCUGGCUAGAGGCUGAGAAGAACAAGGCGAGGCAGCAGACGGUGGAGGCGACGCCAGGCCUGGGUGGCCUCGGCGCUGCGUUUGGGGCCAUGGCUCCGUCGGCUGCGCCGCCGCCCAAGAUUGUGUACGCAUCGCGGACGCACUCGCAGCUCUCGCAGGUUGUGCACGAGCUACGCGGCACCGGGUAUACCGCCAAUGUGUGUGUGCUCGGCUCGCGGAAGCAGCUCUGCGUCCACGAGAAGGUCUCCAAGCUCGGCGGCUCGGCACAGAACGCAAUGUGCCGCCAGCUGACCGAGGCCCGGCGGUGCUCUUACCACAACGCCAUGCAAGAGAGCGGGCCGGCCGACGCGGCGCUGCUCGCGCAGGAGAUGCUCGACAUCGAGGAGCUUGCCGAGGCCGGCAAGGCACAGGGCAAGUGCCCGUACUUUCUCUCGCGCGAAAUGCAGGCUGAGGCCGACCUGGUCCUCAUGCCGUACAACUACCUCAUCUCGCCGCUCAUCCGGGCCUCGCUCAAGGUCGAUCUCUCGGGCGCCGUCGUCAUCUUUGACGAGGGCCACAACCUGGAGGCCUCUGCUGGCGACGCGUCGUCGUUCGAGGUCCGCACCUUUGACCUCGGUGCCUGCGUCGGCGAGCUCGACUACGCUCUGCAUCUGUUCCAGGUCAGCGCCGUCACAGACCUGUCGUCGGCUAUUUCGCGCGAAGACAUCGCCAUUCUCAAGACCGUCAUGCUUGAGCUGGAGGCGGUCAUUCUUGAGCUCCCGCUCGUCCUCCCGCCAGCCGAGCGCAAUACUCCUGCCCGCCGGCUGUACGCCGACAUGCCCGGCCGGGUUGAAGACACCCAGUUUAUGAUCGACCUCCUGGCCAAGGUCUCGCUCAAGAAAGAGUCGUACCUCGAGUUCUGCACUGCGCUGGACGAGGUUGUCUCGCUCAUCACUUCGGCCUCGUCGGCUGGCCGUGGCCCGGCCCGCACCUCGGCACUCUCGUCGUUCAAAGAGUCGGUCGUCAAGAUGUUCUCCAAGUCGGCCCAGUCAUCAGCCGACUUUAAGGUCUACAUCGCCGAGGAUACCUCUCGCGGUGGUGGAGGCCGCGGAGGACGGCGUGGCUCGCGGCCGUCGUUUGGCGGGCCAUCCGAUGGCGGCGGCGGUGCUAGCGCAUCGUCCGACAAGCCCGGCCGCAUCGUCGGCUUCUGGUGCUUCUCACCAGGCGUCGCCGUCCAGGACCUUGUUGCCUGCUCUGUCCGCAACAUCAUUCUCACUUCAGGAACGCUCACCCCGCUCUCAUCGUUUGCGCAAGAGAUGAAGACCCCGUUCCAGGUGACGCUCGAGAACCCGCACGUCAUCUCGGCUGCUCAGGUUUGGGUCGCCGUCCUCCGCAAAGGCCCUUCCGGUCACGUUCUCAACUCGUCGUACAACAACCGGUCGAACGUGUCGUACAUCAACGACCUCGGCGCCACCAUCGCCAACGUGGCGCGCAUCGUCCCGUCGGGCGUCCUUGUCUUCUUUCCCUCGUACUCGGUCAUGCUCCAGUGCAUGGAUGUGUGGCAGCAGCGAAUGCCCAACGCGAGCUCGUCGAUGUGGGAGACCAUCUCGCGGCACAAGACGCCGUUUGUCGAGCCGCGCGGCUCGGGUGACCUCAACGCCCAGAUCGACGAGUUCUACGCCGCCGUCCGCUCCGUCUCGGGCCGCUCCGGUGCGGCCUCGGGCGCUGGCGCCAUCUUCUUUGCUGUCUGCCGCGGCAAGGUCUCCGAGGGUCUUGACUUUGCCGACGCCAACGGCCGCGCCGUCGUCGUCACCGGCCUCCCUUACCCCAACACCUACGAUCCCAAGGUCAAGCUCAAGCGCAAGUUUCUUGAUGAGAAGAUGCGCCGCGGCGAGGGCAAGCUCUCCGGCGGCGACUGGUACUCGCAGCAGGCGUCGCGGGCGGUGAAUCAGGCCAUCGGCCGCGUCAUCCGCCACAAAGACGACUACGGCGCCAUCCUGCUCUGUGACGAGCGCUUUGCUCGCCGCGACAAUCUCAACCAGCUCCCACUAUGGCUCCGCGCAUACACCCAGGUCUUCGCCUCGUUUGGCGAGGCCACCCGCGGCCUCACCCAGUUCUUCCGCUACGUCAAGACCCAGCCGUUCUUUGAAAUCUCCGCCGCCCGCGCCGCCCGCCCGGCAAAGUCGGACCGUUCCGGCCGCCCCGCCCGUGCCCUUGCCCUCGACGCGCCGCGCUCGUCGCUGGCACAGUCGGCCCCGCCGGCGCCCGACAAGACCCUUCCGGGCGUCUCGCGCCGCAAGGCUCCGUACGCCGCCAUGCACUUUACCCCACCACCAGCUACCGUCCCAGCCGUCGCCGCGGCCACCAUCCCGCUCGCCCAGGCCAUCUCGGCCGCCUCCGCUGCCGCCGCGGGGCCGGCGACGCAGGCCCACCAGCCAGGCCUCCUCCGCGCCUCGCUCGCCUCGUAUCGGCCGAGUGAGACCUCCGCGGCGUCACCAGCUGUCUCGGUCGUCGAAAAGCUCAUGGCUCGCAAGAGGAACGCGGCAGCCGCCGCCGCCGCUGCAGCAGCUGGCGGGCCGCGCAACCCGCCUUCGAAAGAGCUCGUCCACCCGCGCAAAACCAGCAGCUCUCUCUCGGCGUCGCUGAUGGCGGCCGAGCCGGCGGCGGCGCAGCGCGAGCAGCAGUCUCAGGACUUUAUCUCGCUCGCAAGGAGCCUCCUCUCCAAGGCCGAGUACAAGGCGAUGAAGAGCGCGCUUCGCGCCUUUGCCCGGGACAAGUCGCACGCCGGCGUCAUCGCCCUCAUCGACGCCGUCUGGCCCAUGUUUGCCGUCCCAGGCCGCAAGGCCCUGCUCUCGACCUUUGCCACCUUCAUCCCACUCAACCACCAGGCCGAGUAUUUGCAGCGCGUUCACGCCCACCUCCUCGCCUCGCCGGACGAGCCAAAGAAGCGCCCGCGCUCACCGGCGCUCUCGCCGCAUGCAUCGCCGGCCAAGAAGCCGCGUCGGGGCUGCGACUCGUGCGUCGUGUGCGGCGCGGCGCCCAAUACCCCGUUCCGUGCGCCGUGCGGCCACGUCGGCUGCCACGCGUGCUGGGUCGCCACGCUUGGUCAGGCCGUGACACCGUGCCCGGCCUGCGCCGCGCCCACCCGCGUCCGCGAGCUUGCCAAGCAGUACUUUUGA